GUCACUGCCACUGGGAUGCUGGCUUUUUUCUGUUUCCUUCUAAAAAAUCACUUUUAAUUCAAAAUAUUUAUAUUACUUGCACAUUGUAACACUUAAUUAAAUGUAUUAAUAUUAAUUUUUCCCUAAUUUAUUUUCCUACAGUCCAACAAAUACCAGGCAGUAGCGAGUAUACAUAUGGAUGUUACCUCUACGGAUUACAAACAGAAAUUUUCAUAACGGAGACGUGCGCGCGGUCAAGCUCAACGAAUUACGAUCACAUUCACAAUAAUUGCAUUCUUUUUCACCAACGAAGUUCUGCCGUUCACAAUUCUAUCUAAACCUUUAAAACAACAAAUUCAAUCUCGCCCUGUCCUGUCCUUAUCAGAAAUUUUAUCACGCGCAGGAAUCCGCCGGAGCUCCGCCUUCCGUCGUCGAAUCUCUGGCGACUUCAGAGUCUAAGCUUUAGUUAACAAACAAAAUGGAAACACGAGAUCAAAUUGCCUGGAGCAGAAUCGGACCUGUCAGUAACUUUUCAGGAACUGUAAAAUGUGGAAAUUACUUACUGUUUCGCGGUGAAACGAGUCUUGGUGUUGGAGUUAGAACAUGUUUGUAUUUACUUGGUUUGGCCUAUUGUUUUCUUGGAUUAUCUGCUAUUACUGCUCGUUUUUUUCGGUCUAUGGAGAAUGUUGUAAAGCAUUCGCGUAAAGUGGUGGAGAUUGAUCCUGAUACUAAUGCUGAAGUUGUUAGAUAUGAGAAGGUUUGGAACUAUACGAUUGCGGAUAUUUCUUUGUUGGCUUUUGGAACUAGUUUCCCUCAGAUAUCUUUGGCUACUAUUGAUGCUAUACGCAACAUCGGAAACUUGAAUGCUGGAGGAUUGGGACCUGGAACGCUUGUUGGUUCUGCUGCUUUUGACCUUUUCCCUAUUCAUGCUGUUUGUGUUGUGGUUCCUAAAGCUGGAGAAUUGAAAAAGAUAUCUGAUAUAGGAGUUUGGCUUGUGGAGCUCUUUUGGUCUUUCUGGGCAUAUAUUUGGCUCUACAUUAUUUUAGAGGUAUGGACGCCAAAUGUAAUUACACUGUGGGAAGCCUUAUUGACAGUACUGCAAUAUGGUUUGCUGCUUACGCAUGCUUAUGCACAAGACAAGCGCUGGCCUUACUUGUCUCUUCCAAUUGAAAGAACUGAGAGGCCUGAGGAGUGGGUUCCGGAAGAGGUUAUUUCAUGUAAACAUCAGCACAAUGACUAUGAAGAGUACUCCGAGAUAGUUCAAGUUGGUGAAGAAGAUAGCAGAAAUGUUGUUGAUAUAUUCUCCAUCCAUUCACCUAUUGGGACAGGCCCAGCAUAUGAGAAAGUGCUUGGAACAGAUGACACAGUGGAAUCCUCUGAGAGAUAUUCUCUUAGUGAGCAAGAUGUUGAUGCUGUUGCUCUUUGGAAACAGCAAUUUGUGGAUGCAAUCAUGUUGGAAAGACAUGAAUCAAGAAAGUUGAUCAAUAUUCCUUUGCGGCUGGCAAGAAUUUCCUGGCAAUUAUUGCUUGCGCCUUGGAGACUUCUGUUCGCUUUCGUGCCUCCUCAUCACAUAGCUCAUGGAUGGAUUGCAUUUAUUUGCUCUCUACUUUUCAUCAGCGGGAUAGCUUACAUCGUUACAAAGAUCACUGAUCUUAUUAGUUGUGUCACAGGAAUAAAUGCUUAUGUCAUUGCUUUUACGGCAUUAGCUGCUGGAACUUCAUGGCCGGAUUUGGUGGCAAGUAAGAUUGCUGCUGAACGCCAAUUAACAGCAGAUUCUGCCAUUGCAAACAUCACCUGCAGUAAUUCCGUGAACAUAUAUGUGGGAAUAGGCGUUCCAUGGCUGAUAAACACUACGUACAAUUUCUUCGCAUACAGACAACCCUUGCGGGUUCAGGAUGCAGCAGGACUCAGCUUCUCAUUGCUAGUCUUCUUCUCUACAUCUGUAGGCUGUAUUGGUGUUCUUGUAUAUAGGCGUUUGACACUGGGUGCAGAACUCGGAGGGCCAAGGAUCUGGGCAUGGGCAACAAGCGUUUAUUUCAUGUUGCUCUGGCUUAUUUUUAUCGUCCUGUCCUCCCUCAAAGUUUCUGGCAUCAAUUGAUAGGACCCUUUUUUUCUCUGGUCCCUUCUGCAUUUCACAUUAUAUUUUUAGUUUAUAGGAUCAAUUCAAUUUUGUCAUCAAUUUGAUGUGUAGUGUAUUAUCCACAAGUAAGAACUGUUAGAGCUCCCUUUGCUUUAGCCAUUGUAUAAAUACUACGGAAUUUCAAUGAGGCAAUUAUGUUUCAUAA